ACUGUGACAUCACUGUGCGUUCCAGAACAAAAUGCACCCCAGGGAGUGGAACAGGGACGUCCAGUUCAGAGGUCGUGUCCGGGUCCAGGUGAAGCAGACUGACGGCAGCUUCUGUCAGGAGAAGUUCACCUCGCGUAAAGACGUGAUGUUCUACGUGGCGGAGAUGAUCCCCAAACUAAAGACUCGCACUCAGAAGAGUGGAGGAGGAGACACGAGCUCUCAGCAGGGAGAGGGAGGGAAGAAGAGCAAGAAGAAGAAGAAGUAGACGCAGCCAUGUUUGUUUCAUCUUCGUUUCUUUUUAAGUUAAUUAGACGCUGAGCGCUCAGAGGCUCAACUCUUUUUGUUCCAUGGAUGUUUGUCAUUAGACUUUCAGAAUAAAAGUUUUUUUGUGCUGAACGUUUGUAUGGAAGCUUCUGUCAAUAAAGUUAGUGUUGUUAA